ACACAAGGAGAAGCGUCCCUGGUAGCCAUGACACCUCUCGCGAGAACUGACUGAGUGAGGAGGACUCGUCGGUGGCGGUGGAGAUAAAGUUACCUACAAAGUUUUCUCGUCGUGUUUAGCGAAUCAACUCGAAAAGAGGACGAUUUUUAAUUGUUAGUAACUGUUUUAAGAGAGUCGCGGCGGUGAUACGUCAUCGACCUUGUUUGAGAGUUGCUUUUUAAGCAGCAGUGAGGGAGAAACGUGACUUCCGCACCAGUUGAGUUGACUUUCGCGGGUCAGCCUGAAACGACUAGCGAGCGUUAAAUCGCUUUUAUAAACGAGAUGCUAACGAGGUUUUCCGCAAAGUCGAGACCAGCUUCCAUUUUCUCUUAACGUGUGCUGACCCGGUGCCUCAUAACAAUGGUUUAAGCCCAAUUGUUUCGUGGAUUAAUCGUUUCCUGCGUGUGGCAGAGCAGUGGAGUCACCUCAGAGCGACAUAUAGAUACAAGCAUGUCACUGCUGUCUGUGGUCGAGGAUGCCAUCAAAUCAUGCAAAGCUGAACAAGCCAGGAUUAAUGGCAACAUUCAGCUGUACAGAGAAAUACUACAGACCUUAACACCACAACCGAAGACAGGCUUUGAGGAGCUGGAUUCUGCUGAUGAUGCUGCCACCGGCACAGAUACUGCACCAGUGGAGAAUGAAGAUAUAAAAUUGCUUGAACAAGCCCUGGAGAAAGCCCUUCGGGUCCGUACUGGUACUGCACCCUCUAAAACGGACUCAAAGAAACAAUAUGCCCCUCUAAGGAAGGAACCAGGCCCUACAAUACUCGCAUCCAAAGAGGGGACACAGGCAUCUGCAACUUCUAAAGGCAGUCAAACCACCACUAGAUUGACUUCUAACUCUGCCAGUCUUGACAGAAAAAGGCCUGGCACGUCAGCAUCCUCCACACCGGGCUCAAAAACUUCAGUUAGCUACAAUACGGUACGCCGCAAAACCACAAACAGAAACACAAUCCAGACCCGUGCUGUCUAUUCAGCUGGGACUGUGCAUCACCAGGCAGGAAGGAAAUCACAGCAGGCUGCCUCAGCGUCUGGAUCUCUUGACCUGGGUCAGUUACACACUUCAGCCCUCCAAACUAAAAGCAAGACCAUUAGAAGCAACGUGUUGAGUGGCGGUGACAUUGGCAAAGCUGCAGCUAUCUCUACGCCUUCUUAUAAGACAGAGCCUGCUUCACAUGCAGGGAGGUCUCAUAGUUUACCAGGGCCGAACAGGAAAGCUUCAGAUCAAACAGAAGAAUGGAAAUCUCUAAGGAUGAAGAAAGACAGGUUGUGGGACAAAGUCGAGGCCCUACAAAGGGAACCUGUGCCUGGCAGGAGUCACUUUAUUGAGAGAAUGAGAGCAAUGUUCCCCAAGGAUUGGCCGCAUGGUAGCCCAGACCAGACCCGGACUCUGGUCCACAGACUGACUCUCCAAGGGCAUGACCUCAUCCACUGCUACAGGACAAAUGAGCUUCUGGCCAAACAGACCGCAGAAGAAGCCACAGAGCCGGUUGAUAAGACUCUUGAAAGGUUGCGGAUGGAAGCAGCAGAGCUCCGAAAAUUUGCCGGCCAAGUGAAAGAAGAGUGGGAAGCGUGGGAUCGAUGGAGGCCAGAGGGAGGUUGUCUUUGCCCCACUGAGGCAUAUGGUGUGUGGGGAGAUGGGAUGAUGGCACCCCUGCCCCCGACUAUAACCUACACGACAGAGGCAGAGCUCCGAGAGCUGGAGACGCUGAGGAUGAGGGUGGCACUGCUGCAGCAGGAGAUUUCCCUCGAGCAGGCUCUGCUGGACACUCUGUCCCCUCAGCUUUCAUCUAUAGCAUCUGGGCCUGGAGGUCCCAACAUCAGCGCUCUGAGAGCUGUGUACUCGCUGCUUUGUGAAGGAGGGCAGCGUUUCCCUGCCAUAGUCCUGGACUCUGAGCCUGACUGACUACAGACCACUUUACACUGAUUUAUCAGUUUAUGAAGUUCUCCCCUCUGACACUGUCAAUAAAACAGGAACAUUAUAUUAUAUUACUUUAGAACAAGCAGGUGUACCUAGUAAGUGUAUAUUCAAGGUGACUUUUGUGAAGAAUCAAUGUUUCUUUCAGUCUGCAGUGACUAUUUAUUAGAUAACUGAUGCCAUUUAAUUUUCUUUGACUAGUAGGAAACCAAUGCUGUCAUUAUCUUUUCUCUCUCAUGUUGGAUCUGACUGUGAAGACUGUGUGACUUUGUAGCUUGCCAGUGAAAAUCAAGUGUCUCCAAAAACUAUGAACUACAUUCUUUAGAUAAGCCAGUGGGUUUUUAAAAGGGUGUAUCUGUCUUUAGAAGCAGAGGAAUGUUCUCAACCCUCAAAGGAACACUUUAACCUCGGUUCAUUAUUAUUUCCAUGUUUAAAUGAGAUUUUAUCGGGCAUGCCAGUGGCUUCGUUGGUCGAGUGUUUGCUCCAUGUGCAGAGGUCCUUGCCACAGUGGCCUGGGGUUCAAGCCAAAUCACCCCCCUCCCAACUCCCCUUCCCCCCACUUUCCUGUCAUCAUCUCUGGCUGUUUCUAUCAUAAUAAAUGCACAUAAGCCACCAAAACAUAAAAAGAGUCAAUAAAUAAUAGUGUUUUAUUUAACAUUUGUGAUUGGAAGCCCUUGCAACACUGACUCUACCAGCAGGUGGCACUCAACUCACAGAAGUGACCACAGAACAUGUUUGAAGGUGACUAAUUGCUUGUUUAGUUGCAUCAAAAGCAAUCAAUCAGUCGUCAGCUGGAUUCAGUCCGUGACCUAGAAUUAGAUGUGGGAAUAAGAAUAGUUUUGACAAAACAUGAAUAAGUAACGGCUUCUUAUCAGCGCGCUGCAUGACUGUCAGCGUGCUGCAGUCUGGAUUCAAGUGAAUUAAAGGAACAAUGGAGAUGUUUGAUCCUAUUUUUUAAUCCUGUCUUUCGCUGAAAGCAGCAGGGACGCCAUGACUUCAGGCUCAUCCCUCCAUAUGUUCCCAUUUCUUCCUACUGUCUGGCUUAUCUGAGCGUCUGAGGAGCUCACAGUAUGAAUGAUUGUGCUUGUUCGGUAUGAGAGGGACCUGCCACUAGUAAUGAAACAAGAGAAACCACCCAAACUCUGUGAUGUGUUUGAUUUCCAUACGUGACUUUUAGAAUCUGGCGUACAUUGAAUGACAGAUGACACGUACGGAGCCAAUACUAUGUCUCCCUGAUUCUAGAGGAGCGGUAAUUGUGAUAUUGCCCUCCGCGAAUGUGAUGUGAGGGCGAAUGUGAGAUGCAGGAGGGCUUGGAGAGGCCUAAAAGGCUCAUGCCCACAGAUGACGUGUGGAUGGCACAGGCUGUGCCAGACCGGGCGACAGGUGGCGCUGGGUUCACACAGCGGGACGUGGGUGUUCGCGCACUGCUGCACCAACCCUCGCGUGCACACAAACGCACACCCAAAGCCGGCUGAGUCACAAAGACGAUGCACUUGGGGGGGGCCUGGCUCUCUGCACGCCUCAAGCUGGAAAUGGCUUGUUUCCCUGAGCAGAGGAGCAAAAACAUUCAAAAAGGGAGAGGGAUAUUUCAGCCUCACUUAGC